CGUUGCCUAGCUACCAGCAGCGUCACCCUCUAAACAACUGAGCUGAGCGAACACAGAAAAAUGGUAAACACUGCAACUAACUUACCUAUGAAAAGUUCAGUGGGUGCGUUAAGUAACUGAGCGAGAUUUUUUCCGCUCCCCCGGAUCACCGAUGAAAGGUGCUCUGUAGCGCUCUCAAACAGUGCAUGCGGUUAAGUGGGUUCUGUCACUGAGCUGCUCUGAGCGGCUCACUUACUUAACGCACCCACUGGCUCUUUUUAUUGAAAGAUUGGAGCACUUGUACCAGGACGAUGGCAGUGGGAGGAGGAGACACAAACCCUUCAAUUCUUCAGAUCUUCUGUACACUUUUAGUUUCAGUCAAUCCAUAGACACGAAAGAUAAAAGGAAGAAGAAAGCAAUCAAUUUUCAGGAAACUGGCAGUAAGCGUGCAGACAGAUUGCCAGGAUCCCCGCCUGUUACCACACAAGGCUUUGGAGGUGCAAGAAUCCCUGUGGAUAAAAAAAUGAUGGGGAACGCCCCGGGGAUAAUGCGGGGGUCCCCUCGACUUGGCUUAAAGCAAGGGCAGCGGGAGCACAUCACUGUAGAGGACGUUAAGAGUGUGGCGUUUAACUUGCUCCAGGAAAAUGAAUCCCUUAGCAUACCUCUGUGUUUUACCACUGUAAUGAGAAGCCAGCAACUCAAUAACUUUCUGUCUGCCCUACUGCUGUAUGUAUCCUGUUACUUUGAAAAAGAAGCUUUGGAAAGGAAACCUAAACCUCUAAUGUCUGAACAAAGUGUAACAGAAAGGAAAGCAGUAGCUGAAGCAUGUGCCAAAGUCGAAAUAGCAAGAAAACAGCUUGCCUUGAAGUACUCCAUUCUUGUCCUUGGACUUGGGAUGUCUCAGCAGCACCAUAUGGCAUGUGGGAAGAGCAGGGUGUCAUCAACUUACAAAGACAGACAAUUGUUUGAGUGCCUGUACAACUUCUGCGCUUACGUGGCCUGGGUGACAUUUAGGCGUAAGGAUCUGAAAGGGAUUCAAGAAGAAGUGGGCAGGCUCCUUCGUUCGGAUACCUUCAAUCCUGCAAUCAGAGUAAGACAGGCUUCCGAGGAGCAAUCGAAAAAGAAAAGCACUGUAAAAGGCAAGGUCUGCCCUCCGGAGAGAAGGAAGCGUAAUCCAAAACGACCAGCAAUAAAAAGCAUAAUUAACCAGAGGUCUCCUGUGAUUGUGUCUCUCCUGCCAUCCCCGAAAGAGAAAUCCCAGUAUCUCUUCAAACCCCACCGACUAGACCAAGACAAAACCAUUGAUAGCUGUGACAUUGAAGCUCUGGUAGAUGAACUCUCUGCUGCUUUAUCAUCUAACUUUGGAAUUAUUGGGGAGCCUCUGAGCCAGUACAGCAUGCAAACCCUCGUGCCUUGUGGUGCUGAACCUGAAGAUGAAGAAGAGGACGAGCAAGAAAGCAAACUAACAAGCAAAAUGUCGCUGGGAUCCCGGGGCUUAUCGUCUUCUCAAAAUGAUUCGCAGGGAAAUGUGAGCCGACCACGUACUGUUGUAUCAAGAACAACUACAGAGGGGUUCUGUUCUGACACUGAAUAAUAAAAAAAACACCCUAC